AGGGCUUACCAUGAAAACCUCAAAUCCUAGUGCCCAGCCUCCACAAACCUCUUUCUUCUUCUCCCUUACAAACUCAGAUUCACCUAUACUUACAACUUCCUUACAAUACAUCUUUUUCUAUUAUUAUUAUUAUUAUUAUUUACAAUUCUUUUUUGAUUUGUUUGGAAUAAUUUUUUAUUUUUUUCUAUUGAAGAUGCAGACGGAUAACGGUUCGGAAUCUCAACGGACUAGUUCUAAAGAGAACAACAGUAAUAACGAUAGUGGUGGUGGUGGAAAUAGUAAGGUGGCGGCGGCGGCGGCGGCGGCGGUCCCGGGACAGCAGUGGGUGGCGAUGCAGUACCCUGCGGCGGCGAUGGUAAUGCCGCACGGGAUGAUACCGGCUCCGCAUUACGCGUCCCCUCACUACAUGCCCUACCACCACCACCCCCUUCACCACCACCCUCCCCUUCCGCCGUCUCCUCUGCCGCAGCACCAGAGCGGCGGCGGCAAUGGCAAUGGCAAUGGUGGAGGAUCCAAUGGGGAGAACCGCACGAUCUGGGUUGGUGACCUCCAUAAUUGGAUGGACGAGGAUUAUCUCGGUAACUGCUUCGCUUCAACUGGAGAGGUUUCUUCGAUAAAGAUUAUCCGAAAUAAGCAAACAGGGUUUUCCGAGGGAUACGGAUUCAUUGAAUUUCUCUCACACGCAGCUGCGGAGAAAAUCCUGCAGUCGUUUUCCUGCAUUGCUAUGCCGAGUACCGAUCAACCCUUUCGUUUGAACUGGGCUGCAUUUAGCAUGGGCGAUAAGCGUCCGAACAACGGCUCGGAUCUUUCCAUCUUUGUAGGAGACUUAGCUGCAGAUGUUACCGAUACUUUACUGCACGAAACUUUUUCCCAAAAAUACCCCUCUGUUAAAGCAGCUAAAGUUGUGAUUGACGCAAAUACUGGCCGGUCGAAGGGGUAUGGUUUCGUUAGGUUUGGUGAUGAUAGUGAGAGAUUGCAGGCUAUGACUGAAAUGAACGGUGUUUAUUGCUCGAGUAGGCCCAUGCGGAUUGGUGCAGCUACACCACGAAAGUCGUCUGGCUAUCAGCAACAGUACUCCCCACAAGGUGGAGGUGGAUACCUGAAUGGUGUAUCGGCUCAGGGUUUUCAGUCAGAUGGAGAUUCUGUGAACACAACAAUUUUUGUUGGAGGACUUGACCCUAAUGUUAGUGACGACAAUCUGAGGCAGCCAUUUUCGCAAUACGGUGAAAUUAUCUCUGUCAAAAUACCAGUUGGGAAAGGAUGUGGUUUUGUUCAAUUUGCUAACAGAAACGAGGCAGAGGAGGCCUUGCAGCAGUUGACUGGGACAACAAUCGGAAAGCAAACCGUCCGUCUUUCUUGGGGCCGUAAUCCAGCAAACAAGCAGUCGAGGGGCGAUUUGGGAAAUCAAUGGACGGGGGCCUACUACGGGCCCCCUUCGUUUGACGGGUAUGGAUAUGCUGUGGGCCCACCUCAUGACCCUAGCAUGUAUGCUGCUGCAUAUGGCGCGUACCCCAUGUAUGGAACUCAUCAACAACAAGUAAGCUGAUAAGGCACCACCCCCCACGAAAAUAAAGAAAAGCAUUCGCUGAAACUGGACCAAUGCACCGCCAUCUUGUGCUUUUUUUUUUCUUUGGGUGCGUAAAGAAUUCACCGAUCCACACGCAAUAUGGAGCGGGCCGGGCCGAAUUUUGACCUAAUUACGUGACGUCGAACUCGUUAAUUAGAACUAGACAAACUUUUAAUAAUUAUUGUAUGAUAGGCAGCAUUGGUUAAACUGGAUUUAGUAGCAUUGAUAAUAAGUGAAGGAACACAUUGGUUGCCCAUUUUCAGGUUUAGCUAACAAGGGGCAAAUAUGUACUUACUCUCUUAUUCUUCAAACCAAUGAGAUCUCAAGAUUUAUAUGUUG